AUGGUUCUUUGGGUAGUUAUUUUCUCACUCGCUGGUGCGGAACUGGAAAACUACAGCACGGUGAUCAGCAAUGUGGCAUUCAGUGCACUACUGAGUUUCACUAUGCCGAUGCAGUUGGCGGAGCUGCGCUCAAUGCUGCUGGAAUUAGUAUUGGGCCCGGACGACGAUGGAAAAGUUGAACGAAAUAAGGAAGCAGAUGUGGAGGGAAGCCGCAAGUUGAAGGAGAUGCUCAUGCUCUUGGGUGCCAUUAUUCUUGGUGCAGUUGUUACGCAGUUGGAUUGGGCGGUGUGGUUUCAGCGCUGGCCUCUCCCUUCUGUUGUGUUGUACUCCAUUGUUCGUGCGCUGCUGUAUUACUCCGGCAAGACACCAGAGAAGGUUGAUGAAAAGGUGGAAUAA